GCCCGUGCCGGUUGGCUGUGAAAGGGUCACUUGAUGUGCUGUGUAAUCCCAGUGAAUGCGGAAGUGCUGGGCUGUUGCAGGCUGGGGAUUCCGGGAAACACACCAUCUUGGAUUGCAGCUUCUCAACAUGAAGUGUGUCCAAUGCGGACACGUAACGCAAGAUGUCGCCCCCAAAUUCUGCAGCGAGUGUGGGAAAAAACUGUCUCCCUCGGUUACUGCCGGUGUGUUCCAAGGCGAUGAAAAUGCAAACCUACCUUCUCUUUCUGAGAUGGAAGCGGAGUCUUUAAAAGAUAAAGCCCCUCCGUCCGAUUUGACGCAGAGCUGCCGAGUACCUAACGUGCAAGUGGACGAGCCGGCACCGUUGCAGGAUGGUUUAAACGCUACAUCUGGGAGGAAGAAAAAGAAAAUGAAUAAAAAUAAAGGUGCAAGUGCAGGUUUGGAAACUACGAGUUCAUCCAUGUCAGGUUUCUCCAGCUUGGAGGAUUGCAGUUUGCCCAAACAAUUAAGAGAUGAUGCCGAAGUUGCAGAUGAAGUCCGCUCUUUCAGCUCAUCACAUAGCAGCCAGUUUUCAAUUGUUGAUGAGCCAGCACCAUUGGAAGAUGGUUUAAAUUCUGUAAAAAGUAAGAAGAAGAAGAACAAAAAGAAGAGGAAACGUGUAGCUCCGGAAGCUACAAAUUCACUCCCAAGUUUCUCCAGCUUGGAAGAUGUCAAUUUGUCCAAAAAGUCAAGAGAUCUAAAUGACUCAGAAGGUCCUACGUGUGGUGGGAAUCCAAACCUACCACCUCUUUCUGAAGAAGGAAAAGAAGUAACUGGAGAGAGAGCCUCUUCUUCCAAUGCAUCAGAGAGCAGCCAAGUCUCGUAUGAACGUGCGGAAGAACCCAGUGAUGGUUCAAAUGCAACAACCAGUAAAAAAAAAAGAAGGAGAAAUAAAAACAAGGGUGCCAAUGAUUCUGAUACUACCUCACUCACUUCAGUUCCCCAAAUCUCAGGACAUCGCAGUAUUUCAGGAAAUGAAAGUACAAAUGAAGGAUAUUUGCAAAACAAAGAGGUUUCUCCAGGCACUGAAGACACCACUUUACCCUCAGCCACGGAUCCACCACUCAAUCGAGAGGAGCACAACAAAGCAGGGCUACACCAACCUGAUAAGGAUUUGACGGACAGAUUAGUUUCUGAAUCCAAGGAUAAUCUUACAAGAACUGAAAAAGAAACAGACAAAGGCUGUUCUACAGUUGAGAAAGGGAGAUCUUCUGAAGUGGAAGAAAGAAAGGUUAACCUUGAGGAGGGUUCAACAUGCAAGAAAUCUGAGGAAAAUAACAGUCCAGCCAGUGAGCACUGCAUGGACAGCACACCGGACACAAAUAAUACUUCAUCCAAAGUUCAGAAAGGUGGGCCAUCUGAGAAUUACACACACAGAGACAAUGUAAGCGACAAAACAACUACAGACAACCAAGUUACACACAAUCAGAACCCAGAACCCAGCAUUGCUAAUGAGAAACCAAAUAAGGAUGAAGGCAACAAGGUCACAAAGGAAAGUCUUCAAAAGGGUAACGAAAGAAAGAAAGGUCCGGAUCCCAAGAACAGGACAACCAAUGCGAAAUCAGGAAAGGACCAGGAAGUCCAAAAGGAUGAAAUUAAGAAGGCUGAGCAGAAGGCUGCAGCUAACGCUUCUGCCAACCCCAAUGGAGAAGACGAUGUAGAGACAAAAGGAAAAGGUUCAAAAAGCAAAAUGGUACAAAGUGAAGAUUCUAAAACCAAAGCUAAGGGUCCUGAGAAAAACAGCAAGUCUGAAAAGGAAGAGACAGAGAUGAAAAGAAAAAAUGCUUCUAGCAGCCAAACGUGCGUUCCAGCCCAGGAACAAGCGCGUUAUACAAGAUCAACAGAUCCGGCUAAUUUUAUCACGGUAUAUUUUCACGUCAUUGUUUCCAAGGACUUCAAUAUAAGACCCGAGGAAGAUAAAGUUGUAGUGAGGGCUGGAAGAAUAAAAGGAUUUAACGAUUGGAAAGAUGACAUCUGUGAAAUGCAUUGGUCACGGGAUUUAAAGGAUCAUGGAUAUCUAUUUGAAGGACAUGUCAAAAUGAAUAAAGAAAACAUGAAUAAGGAUAUCCCAUACAAGUACCUAUGCCUGCAUAAAAAGAAGAAAUCGGAGUAUGAGUACAUUUACUAUGUUGAUGGUCCAGAAAAAACGGAUGUGAAUCGCCGUCUUUACAUCAAUUCAAAUUUAACAUUUGAUAGAGAGUGGCAUCAAUAUGAUGACAUUUGCAUGAAAGAAAACAGAGGUUUUUUAAGUUAUCUAAAAUCCAUGGUGACUGAAAAAUACAACAACAUUUCUAAAGGAAAACUAAUUGCAGGAGAGAUCAUGCUUGAUAGUAUCUUCAGCAUUCUGAGCACCAGCGAUGCCAUCAACGUAUUAAAUUUCUUUAAUCAAUUGGAACAAUUUUUUUUUGUGUACAAGACACCCUAUGUGUUCGUAGACACAGCAAGGAAAUGGGAUUUGCAUAAAUUUGGAGUCAAUGAGGUAAAAACCCUGGUUUUGAACGCACUGUUUAAAAUUGUGAAGCCCUUCCUGAACCGAAAUUCAGUAACAGAAAAUUCCAUCAUAAAAGACAGAUUGGUGGCUGGAUUAGUCUGCGUCCGAGUUGUCCAAACCUACAAUAUCGAUGUGACCAAAGAAAUGCUAGCACAAAUAUGCAGUGUUCUAUGUAUGGAGGAAAAACCAAGAGAAGUAUUGCUUGAUGAACUUACAAAUGUGAAAGGCGUUUUCUCUAAAAUCCCACAAAUGGAUAUUCAUCUGAGAAAAUUGUGUCAGAGCUGCAUUGAACAGGAUGUGGAACACUGGAUUUGGAUCUUACCGUUGCUACACGCAUUCUCUGCAUCAUGUAAUCAGGGUGAUGUUUCCACAAAAUUGAAACAAGAAGAUGUUUGGGCUGCAUUGGAAGGGCUGGAAUAUGAGACCGUAAUUAAGCGUGCCAAACACAGUGAUCUUCUUCAAAUGAUGAUAACAAAGAAGCAUUUGCUGCAAACGGACAGAUCUUUGAUUCGGUCGUGGUUGUGUUUGGUACCGACAGAGAAGAUGGGAACGUUUUUGGCACAAGUUCCUUUUACUGUCGCAGAUGCACUCACUGCGUGUUGUUACAAAUUUCCUCGUACUUACAGCAAAGUUGAGGAUCGUCAGUCUGUUUUAACGAAAAUUUUGCAGAAAAUCAAAGAUCUCAAAGACAAGACCACCAGCACAGAUUCCCUUUUGCUGUGCUGUGAUGCAAGUCUUCACCUUCACAGUAUUGUGUGUGCAAACCCACGAUUCAAUAUGUAUGAGCUACCAGUCUUGACGGCAGAGAUCAUUCUAAGCCUCAUAGGAUCUGCGGUUCAACAGGAAGCAAGUAACGAGCAGCAGCCAAGAUCUGAGCUUCAAGAAAUCCAAAAAGUUUUCAGAGAGACUGUACGUUUAACUAUAAACUGGUUACAAGAAAAGUACUCAUAUUUAAAGCUAGAUUCUACAGAGUUAAAGUCCUGGAAUUGUUUUCUGUGUGCUGGUGAAAACGCUGGAGAAGAUAUCAAUGCAAAAUGGAAAGAACAUCUUCUCUCCGAGCUGCGAAUGAAAAUUAAACAGGCAGAGGCAAUUGAUCAGAUUAAGAUGUACUGCGACAAGAAAACAAUGUUUGAAAAAUACCAUGUAUCUAUAGGGAAAUGUAUUGAGAAUUGUGCCAUUGAAGCUGUGCACGACGCAUGCCAGACCCAAAGAAAUAUCUUGAGCCAACUGAAAAUUGGCAAUUUAAGAAACUCUGGCCAUUUGGUCUCUGCUAUUAUUAAAACUUCUUGGCCGAAGCGUGACGAUGGAAAUCCAAUUACAGACAACUAUGAGGUUCUGCAGCACUUAAUGCAAUGGACUGAUGCAGAAUUUAUAUUCAAACUGUAUGGGACUAACCCUAAGAGCGAAAUGCCUGAAGACAUUGAAGAACUGGUAAUGCUAUCAAAUGCAGUCAUUCUAGAUGCUACACAUGGAGUAAUGAAUGGAAGUAUACAGCUGGAACGUCUGGAAUGCAUCUUGGAGAACAAGAAGCAGUUCUCAAACAUAUGUAGAUUAGUAACUGAAGUAAAAGAAAAAUUUCCAAUAUCCCGCUUGGAAAAAGUGUUACAAUGGAGACAGCAGGAGAUGCAGUCUUUGAAAGAAGAACAUGAUUGUGUGGACAGUUUGCUGAAGAUGUGCCAGACCAUCCGAGAGUCUAUAAAUGUUGAUCUUUCAGAGAUUGAGGAAAGGCACUCAGAAAAUUUGCUACCGCAAAAACUGAAUGAAUUGGUGUCUGUAAAGACUUUUGACCCUGAAGACCAGCCAAGCAAUGCUGUUUCAUAUUAUAAUCUCAGUAAAAACGUGAUGACUAUGGCUCAAAAACUUCACACUCUAAGAAAAAGUUGUAUUUUCGCUACAUGUUGGGAAAGUGAAGCUUGUUGUGUUGAAGAUUCAGAUGACUUUGAAUGGACCAUUGAUGAUUUAGUGACCACAUUGUUCACUCCCUGUUUUGACCUAUAUAAACAGAUUUAUGAAGACCUCAAAUCUGGUCUGGUGACAUUUGAUGUUGUGGACACUUUUUUGAAGGAUUUUAAGAACAAUGACAGUGAAUUGCGUGCUGAAUUCCGCAUCAUGCAACGUUUACGCACAGAGGAUAAUGGUCAAUGGAUUGAUGAACGCCUAACGCAAAUCAAACAGUACCAUCAACUUCAUGUUGCCUUUGAUUCAGCCAAGAUUGUAACUGACCUGAAAAAUUGCUUACACCUUUCUGGAGAUUUCAGUACCCUGGACACAUUGCUGCACUUUGCUGAUGACUUUGAGAACUACAAGCAGAAACCUUUGUCUUGUAUCAAUGAUGAAAUCAUGAAGACAAAAAAACUUCUGUCGGAGAUAACAGAGCAACGAGCCAAAUGUCUUAAAGAAGUGAUACUGAGAAAAGACUUUUUCUUUUGGGUGAAAGAAGGAUUGGAAGAUAUUAAUGAACUGAAGGUGUUUGUUGACUUGGCCUCCAUUUCUGCUGGUGAGAAUGACAUGGAUGUAGACCGCGUGGCCUGUUUCCAUGACACCGUUCUGGGGUAUUCUUCACUACUCUUCGAGCUGAAAACAGACUUUGGAUUUGAUAAAUUAAUGGGAUGCUUUAAUAAACUCUGGAAUGCACUAGAAAAUGACCAAAAUCUUCCAAAUAAAUUGAGGGAUUCUGCUCGUCAUAUAGAGUGGCUUAAAACGGUCAAAGAGAGUCAUGGGUCUGUGGAAUUGUCAUCUUUGUCCUUGGCAACAACAAUUAACAAAAAAGGCAUCUACAUCAUUCAAGCACCCAAAGGAAACAGAAAGAUUACUGCAGACAGUGUCCUUAGUUUGACACUUCCAGACGGUAAUGAAGAUGGUGAGGAAGUGCGGACCUAUAAUCUAGAAGAGCUCAAGGAGCUUCUGAACAAACUCAUGCUUAUGUCUGGGAAGGGGGAGCAGGGCAAUGUUGAAGUUGAAAAGUUUUCAGAGAUUUUUUCCAAUGUACAAAGGCUUGCCAGUUCGUUCAUUGAUCUUUACUUGGCUGGAAAUAUGUUGUUCAGGACUUGGGAAGCAUCAAUCUACUGCUCUGAUGACAUGAAAGAUGGAAUUAGAAUGAAGUUCAAUGUCGGUGAUAUUGGUGAACUGGAAGCUCUGGGAUCACUUACUGAACUGCUUCCAAGUGUGUGCAAAACUAUUGAAAACUUCUUGGAAGAGUGGAUAGCAUUUAUGAACAGAGAGCGAUCCCAGCUUUACUACUUAAACUAUUACACCGCAGAGCAACUGGUUUACCUGUGCCAACAGUUUCAGAGGAGAGAUAUACAGGAAGAGGCUCUUGUAAUGUUAUCCUUUAUCAAGCAUGAGUGCACAAAAGUAAACAAUGUUAAAGCCUUAUAUUACCCAAAGACCAGUUGUACAGACCCCUCGGUUGGUUUUGGCUCUCCAGAUAAGAUGGGAUUUAUGUCAAAAUUAAAGAAAUGUACAAAUGUGAUGGAGAAGCUGGGGGCUGUCUGGGAUUUUUCCAUGAAUUAUAUGAGCUCCUUAUUCCCUGAAUGUCUUGAUAUUGACAGACUUGGCCGCUGCUUGGCAGCUUUGGCAGAUGCUGAGGAGACACCAGUGAUGCGUGAUCUUCAUCCCAGUCUACAGCAAGGUUGUCCUAAUUUGGUCCUUUGUCACAGAUCAGAAAUUUUGUCUACCACUAUUGCCACAUACAUGCAUAGUUCAACACAACCACUGCCAUCAUACGAUGAAGUUCUCCUCUGCACACCACAGACUACAUUUGAAGAAGUGGCUUUAUUUUUGAGGAGAUGUCUCACCCCUGGCUGUAAGGGUAGAAAGAUCUAUAGCUUGCUGUUUGCAGAUGAACUCAGCUAUGAAACAGCAUACAAGUCAGAACAGCUGUUUCAACAGUUACAAUCACAAGGAAUGGAAAAGUAUAACCUUGUGAUUCUGUGCAACAGUGACAAGGAGCACUGCUACAUCCCUUCUGUCUUCAGCAAAUACAAAGUACACCUGAUUCCUCAGAGACCCCUAUCUGAAAUACAGGGUUAUUUAGCAAACCACUUUGCAGUCGGUAAAGAUAUCAUCUCAGCAGCUUCCUGUUUUAAGAAUGGGAUGAGUGUUGGUAUAGUGGCAUCCGAACGAGCAGGAGUUGGUAAGUCUCUAUACGUAAAGAGAUUGCACAAAGCGCUGGAGGACAAAUUUCCAAGCAAGAAACCGAUUCAUAAAAUUAUUCGACUGAUCAAGUCAAAGGUUGAUGAAAACAAGGUGCUUCAAACACUUCUUCCUUUUCUAAGACGCGAGCACAAAGCCAGACCUAUUAUAUUUCACAUUGAUAUUACAUCUUCCGUGAAUAGUGGAAUUUCAGAAUUUCUCUUCAAGCUUUUGGUUCUGCAGUACCUGAUGGAUUCGGAAGGACGAAUAUGGAAAUGCCAUCCCUGCCAAUUAUACAUCAUUGAGAUCCUGGAAUGCCCUGGUUCUUUGUAUCAGAAGCAACCAGUAUCUAUUCAUCAUGCAAGGCAGAGUUCUUUUACUGAUUUUUUCCCCAAGAUAUCAUGUCGUUCCCCAAAAGAGGUACUGGCUAGAGUCACAGAGAAUCACUCUAAAGACUCCGGGGACCCAGAAAUGGACACUGAGGAAUUUCGUAGCGAAUGUUUUCAGAGACCAUUCCAGUACUUGGUUCGUUUUCAGCAAAAUCGUAAUUUAGAUGCCUUUAUAUAUAGAAAAGGCUCUGUGGAAGGAACUCCAGCAACAUGUCUCCAGAUGUUCUUACUGUACUGUGGAAUGAUUGAUCCAUCUUGGUCAGAACUAAGAAACUUUACGUGGUUUUUAAACCUUCAGCUGAAAGACUGUGAAUCUUCAACAUUCUGCAAUCCUGAAUUUGUUGGCGAUACUCUGCAAGGGUUUAAAAGAUUUGUAGUAAAUUUUAUGAUACUAAUGGCAAAGGACUUUGCAACACCUUCAUUGCACAUUGCAGAUCAAAGUCCAGGAAGGCAAACGUUGGACCUAAAUGAUACCCGUGAAGAAGACCUUGCUCCUUUUUUGCUACGUAAAAAAUGGGAAUCUGAGCCACAUCCCUACAUUUUUUUCAACGAGGACCACGUGUCCAUGACAUUCAUCGGUUUCCACCUGCGUGUAAAUAACGCAGGUGGAGUGGAUGCAAUUAAUCCUAGAAAUGGCUGUGUAAUCCAGAACAAUGUCAUGACCCAACAACUCUAUGAAGGGUUAAGGUUUCAGAGAGUUCCUUUCAAUGUUGACUUUGACAAGUUACCUAGAGAUGAAAAAAUAAGCAGACUAUGCAUGGUCUUGGGCAUUCAGUGGCCCUUUGAUCCUGAUGACACAUAUGAGCUCACCAUGGACAAUAUACUCAAGAUUUUGGCCAUUAAAAUGAGGUUUCGAUGUGGUAUCCCUGUUGUAAUCAUGGGGGAAACCGGAUGUGGAAAAACCAGACUAAUAAAGUUUUUGUGUCAUCUGUGCAAGGGAUUUGCUGAAACGGAUAACAUGAAGCUUGUAAAAGUCCAUGGAGGUACCAGUGCUGACACAAUCUACAAAAACAUUUUGGAGGCGGAAGUUAGAGCUCUCAGAAAUAAAGAACAAUUCCAAUGCGAUACUGUAUUGUUUUUUGAUGAAGCUAAUACAACAGACGCCAUCAGCAGCAUCAAGGAAGCCUUGUGUGACCAUACUGUGGAUGGGAAGCCUUUAAGAGAAAACUCUGGACUGCAGAUUAUUGCUGCCUGUAACCCUUAUCGGAAGCACACUGACGAAAUGAUUGACAGAUUAGAGUCUGCUGGUUUAGGGUACAGAGUUAAAGCAGAUGAGACCAAAGAAAGGCUUGGUACCAUUCCCUUAAGACAGCUUGUUUACCGUGUACAUGCCUUGCCUCCCAGUGUAAUGCCACUUGUGUGGGAUUUUGGACAGUUGAACAAUGAAACUGAAAAGAAGUACAUCCAACAGAUUGUACAACGGCUGGCAAAAGAUUUGGGCAUUUCCACCGAUGACAUUCAAUUAUUAACUAAUGUACUUUCCACUUCUCAGUCAUACAUGAGAAAAAGAAAUGAUGAAUGCAGUUUUGUUAGCUUGAGAGACGUGGAGCGAUGCAUAGAGGUCUUUAAAUGGUUUUAUAACCAUAGUGGUCAACUAUUACAAAACCUGAAAACGAUGGGCCAUAAAAUGCCAACUACAAAAAAUGUAUCAGUUUGGUGCUUGGUCCUUGCUGUUGGUGUAUGCUACCAUGCCUCUUUAGAGGCCAAAGAGUCCUACAGAAAAGCUAUAUGUAAAGCUUUUCCACGGCCAUACAAUGAUCCAUCAGAGAUACUGCAGGAAAUCACAACUAUGCAGGAUCUUUUCUUAUCUGGGGUACAUUUAAGAGAUACCAUUGCCAAGAAUCUUGCUUUGAAGGAAAAUGUAUUCAUGAUGGUUGUCUGCAUUGAACUUAAGAUCCCUUUAUUUCUCGUUGGAAAGCCUGGGAGCUCAAAAUCUUUGGCAAAAACUAUUGUAGCAGAUGCCAUGCAAGGCCAAGCUGCUCAUACAGAGCUAUACAAAUCCCUUAAACAAAUCCACCUGGUUUCCUUUCAAUGCAGUCCUCACUCAACUCCUGAAGGCAUCAUAGGAACUUUUAAGCACUGUGCUCGCUUCCAAGAGAGCAAGAAUUUGGAUGAAUAUGUAUCUGUGGUCGUCUUAGACGAGAUCGGCCUCGCAGAAGACUCUCCAAAAAUGCCCCUAAAGACUCUUCAUCCUUUGCUAGAGGAUGGAUGCAUUGAAGAUGAUCCCUCCCCUCACAAAAAGGUUGGCUUUAUAGGAAUCUCUAACUGGGCACUCGAUCCAGCAAAAAUGAACAGGGGAAUUUUUGUAUCUCGGGGAGAUCCUAGUGAAAAUGAACUUAUUGAAAGUGCUAAGGGAAUCUGCUCCUCUAAGAGACUAGCCUUCCAGAAGGUUAAGUCUCAUUUCCAAGACUUUGCAAAGGCUUACCAAAAGGUUUGUGACACUCAGAAGGAACAAAAUAAGGAAUUCUUUGGAUUGCGUGACUUUUACAGUCUGAUUAAAAUGGUGUUUGCAUAUACCAAGCAUUCACAGGAGGAGCCGAGUUUGAAUCAGAUAGCUCGUGCUGUCUUACGGAAUUUCAGCGGGAAAGAUGAAAUCAAUGCCUUGGAAAUUUUUAUGCCUACAAAAGGAGAAACCCUUAGAGACAGUAAUAAAACAUUGGACUUGGUGAUAGAGAACAUUAAAAGUGAUCCAGAUGACAACGAAUGUCGGUAUUUGCUUAUACUGACGAAAAACUAUGCUGCUUUACAGAUCCUCCAGCAAGCUUUACGUACAGAGGAUCAACAACCUGAAAUUAUAUUUGGUUCCAGCUUCCCGAAAGACCAAGAGUAUACUCAGAUCUGCAGAAACAUCAACCGCAUUAAGAUCUGUAUGGAAACCGGACAAAUGGUCAUACUUCUCAAUCUUCAAAAUCUGUAUGAGAGUCUGUAUGAUGCACUGAACCAGUACUAUGUCUACCUAGCUGGCCAAAAAUAUGUUGACUUGGGUCUUGGAACACAUCGAGUGAAAUGCAGAGUGCAUCCAAAGUUCCGAUUGAUUGUCAUAGAAGAAAAAGAAGUGGUGUACAAAGAUUUUCCAAUACCUCUGAUAAACAGACUUGAAAAGCAUUACUUGGAUAUAAACACUGUUCUAAGUGAUAAACAAAAAAGUGUUGUUGCGGACCUUAACAACUGGAUAGACUAUUUCACUGCUGCUAAGACGGAACACCUUUUGGAAAAACGAGAAUAUAGCCCAUCUGAUGUAUUUGUGGGAUACCACUCAGAUACCUGUGCUUCAGUCGUUUUGCAAAUCACCAAAAACCAUGCAGAUCCAAGCCAUGGAAGUAAAAGAACGGUGAAGGAUGCAGCAAAAUUGGUCUUGUUGAAGUGUGCGACACCUGACUCUGUCGUCCGUCUUGGUAACAAAGAAUUAAUUGAUGAAUAUUUCAAGAGACAAAAUCACGGUUCUCUUCUGGAUUUUCUGCACAGCCACAUUGGUACAGAAUCUGGCAAUCAAGCAUCAUACACAGAGAUAACCACGUUUUCUCGGCUCCUUACAUCACCUGACAAGAAUAUCUUAGAAGUUGGGUUACAGAACCAGGUUAAAAACAUUGAAAUCUUGUCCCUUCAACAGUUUGACACAGAAUAUUCAUUCUUGAAAAAAAUAAGGGGAUUCCUUGAACAUGCACGUGGAAUUCAAAUUCUGAUUAUACAGACCGAUUUUGAGGAAGGUUCUCAAGGAGCUCAUCUUGUUGCAUCAGCAAAGUACUCCACAGUAAAUGAAGUUAAUAAAGUGAAUAUUGCGGAUGUCUCGGUGUUUGUUUAUUUCAUAACCAAGCUUCCCAGAAUGCACGGUGGGACAUCGUACGUUGGCUUCCGUGGAGGGCUGUGGCAAUCUAUACAUAUAGAUGAUCUAAGGAAGUCAAAAGAUAUGGUGUCAGACAUAACGGACUUACAACAUUUCACCAUAAGCCAACUGUUCCAAGACAACGGAACCAAGAGUAUGCAUGAGAAUGGGAAAGCAGUUGAGAGUGAUCGAGAAGAGUACAGAAUACAAAAUCCAGAGGCAGAUGUUCAAAUGGCUGAUGAGAGCAGUGAGCGGAUGGACUGUGAGCCAACUCAAGAGCCAGAAAUGGAAGAUGAAGAAAUGGAUACAGAUAUCACCAAUGAAACUCACACUCCCAAAGUGACUCCUGGCUGGGAGACUGCACACAAACCUGAAGAUUUAAUAGACACUACCAUUCUCAUCCGGAGUUGUGUACAAAAUGCUAUAGGAAUGCUGAGGGAUGAGGAGAGAAUUUCAAGUCGCAACACUAGGAGGGUGGACAUACUGAUAGACCUGCUGAGUUCAGAGGACCAGAUAAAAGCCUCCUUCUUAAAAAUGCUAAAACGUCGCCUUCACCUUAUACUUAAAGACCAGGAAGAAAAUGCUUAUUCAGCAAAAGAGUGGGUCAUACGAGAGGCCGCUAAUCCUAAAGCUUUACAGGAAGCUGGUACUUUCAGGCAAACCUUGUGGAAACGUAUUCAGACGUCUGUAACUCCCAUCUUGGCACACCUUCUGUCCAUACUGGACUCUGAUGCCAACCUGGAUAUUUUGGUGAACCCCGAUGUGCCCGACUUCCUGAAAGUUCUGUGGAUGUUUAUUUUCAGUAAUGAACAUUUUCUAAAUAUUUCCUAUUAUAGAAGUGAACAAAGCUCUCAAGCCAACACAAUAAGAGUGAAAAACAACAUGAACCUCAUGCGUUGGAAAACAAAUUGCAUACCCUUCAGCUGGAGGAUAAAAGACUAUUUGGAGGGAAUAUGGGCACACGCUCAGUACAUUGAAUCCUCGCAUGGUUGUGUAGAGAAAUUCUUACACAUCUUCUCAAAGGCCCCACUGGGAAAGCACCUUUCCUUACUGAGCAAGGAUGACCAAGACACGGUCUUCUUGUUCUAUAAGAGAGACUUCAUCAUCCUAACCAUGAAUGUUUCAUGUGAUAUAGAGUUAAUGCUUAUGGAACUUGCUUUUUCGAUGUGUAUCGAGGAGUUAACACAAUCAACAGAAGAUACUGAGUUGACUCUUCCGUGGGUGCAUCUGGCCUAUCAUACAUUCAAGCACAGGCUGCAAACUCUAUCUAGGAUUACUGCCCUAAUGCCAUCAGUCCUAAAAGACCUUGAGCAAAAAGCAAAAGAGAUGAGCAAUGAACAGAUGGUUAUUGAUAUUUAUGCUGCCAUCGCUUGCUUAGAAAGGUUGAAAGAGUCUUUACUGACAUCGGACCCAAAUACUUGUCUUCGUCAAGUAAAAAAUAUACAAAUGACCAUGGAACUUAUCUGUUCAGAAAACUACUUGCAGGACCAGAGUCCUGUGUGCAUACCAGGGAUCAACCACAUCAGGUGCAUGUGGAACAGCCUGUAUUCCAUGGCUUUAUUUGUAGAACAUGUACUAUUACAAAGCAAUGAACAGACUUUGGAGGUAGAAGAACUGUUACAGACAAGAACAAUUCAGCUUGGCGCGAUCUUAGAGAACUGUAUCGAUAUAAAAUCUGAAAAACCCUUCCUGGAUGUUGUUGGUUUUCUUCAUGACUGCAGAGAGGAAGUCGGUAAAUCUACAUCAAGGUUUGGCAUGCCAGUGUGUUCAGUCUGCCAAGAAGACCCCAAUGAGCCAGUCUGCCUGACUUGUGAUCAUAUAUUCUGUCGACGUUGUAUAACACGUUGGUUGGAGUCUGGAAGAAACAGCUGCCCUCUAUGUAAAGCCAUAUUACCCGAGGAUGUACCCAUUGUUGUGUCAGAGAACGUCAGGGACGCCAUCCAGAGAAGUGUUCAGUUCAGACAACGGUGCAAUGGAUUCUUCAUUGACAUUGUAUGCACCAUGUGCUUUAAAGAUAACACGCCUCCCGACACCGAAGUGAUACUUCAUCUUCUUGACUUGCUUUUCACCACCAAAGAUGACCAAAAUGGUUCAAGGAAUUAUACAAAGGCUCUUUCCCCAUUUGAUGACGCUGUUGACAAAACUCCAGUGAUCCGCUCUGUAAUAUUGAAGUUGCUUCUUAAGUACAGCUUUAAUGAAAUAAUAAAUUAUGCCGAAGAGUACUUAAAAAGAGUACAAACUAAUCAUAUUCUUACUAAAGAGGAUACCACGGAAGUAUAUAUGCUGUUUCUUAACUGCCUGGAGGAUGCUCUGUAUGAAAGGAGACAAGGUAUCAACAAAGAUGCGCAUCUUAAAGAGGAUGGGGAGUUCCUGCAGCAUUACCUACAAAACAGUCAACGCAGACAAAAAGAGUCAGUACUAUGGAAACUUCAGGACAUUGCCAGGAUUAGGUUGGCGCUGGACCUGGCAGCUGAAGUGCUCUUUGAAGAAACUGUCCGAGGAAGCGAUACGUUUUUGCAGAAUGUGGUUCGGUUUUGCACAUAUUCUGGCAACGACUGGCACAGGGUUUAUUUAAUCCGUAAAUUGGCGAACCUCCAUGGAAUUGAUGCAGUCCAAAGACAUUUCAAGGACCACAAAACCCGAUGGAUGUUUCCUCCACAAAUAUUUCAAACACAGGAGCAAACCAACCAAAUUGACCUGUUCUUGGUGCAUGGUGAACCCUACAGAUAUUUGAGAAAUGGUCUUGGAAAAGCAUUGCUUGAAUGUAAAGAAGAAAGCAUAAGAAAAGCAGUAGAGGAAUCUAAAGGUCCAGAUUGUGAGCUGUCUGUUCAUAUGCUCCUUGCGAUCUUCAGAGAAAUAACCAUGCAGCAUGGAUCUCAAAACCAAGACGCUGCAGCAGCACCAGAUUCUGUGAUAACCUACGUCCAGAAAGCCAGAUGUCUCCAGGACAGAGAAGUUCAGCAAUUUUUACAGUCCCUGCUCAAUAACAGCCGGCCCAUCCUGAGAGUUUUCCCACAGAUGUCCGGCGUGCAAAGUGCUGUUACCGGAAUGAUCGUACACUUUGCCGCUAUUCUCCUGAAAGUGAAAAAUAAUCUUCUUGCUCCACUUUUUAAUUUGGCUUUUGCCCCAAACCGAAUGCAGAAUUCCUUCCUACCCACAAUGCCAGAGGACACGUUUAGUAAGGCUAAAGGUGCCUUACCGGAUGUGCAAUGGUACCUUUGCCCAAAUGGUCACUAUUGCGCAAUCGGGGAGUGUGGUCGACCAAUGCAAAUCAGCACCUGCGUGGACUGUGGGGCAAAGGUUGGAGGAGUUAACCAUACACCGCAACCAGGAUUUCAGAGGAUGCAACAUGAGACUGACCAAACGAAGCAUGGUCACGUUCUGGGAGAUCCAAAACGAUUGGAGGAUGCUGUGGCUCCAGACAGAGAAAUACCUGCUCCUGCCUUUAUUGUCUUGAGGCUUCUGACACACCUGGCAAUGCUCCUCGGAGCAGAAGAAGACACACAGAGCAUGCAGUUUAUUGUGAAACCACUUGUGCCAAACGUUGGAACUUUCCUUUAUAACCAUAUUGAAAAAUGCCUCGAGCAGCUUAGGAAUUCCCUUGGAAAAAGUGCUGAUGAGACCACCACAAUCAUGCACCUUGUUUUCUGCCACAUGCUCAAGAAUCCGCACCAGCAUUCUGGGCAUUGGCCUGUUCAAUUUGAUGAAACCUGGUCAACUAAAGAAGGACGAAACAACUGGGAGAAACAUACGAAUACAAUUUUUGUUGACCCUGUGCUCAAGACGCUGAAUGCAGAUCUUCAGAAAGUAAAGAAAAUGAUAUGCAAUGAUGAAAGAAUAAGUUCCAAUCCAAUUGUUAAAAUUGUGUAUGGUGAUCCCCUUGUUAAUGGGGACCGCUUGGUGUUACCAAAAGACUCCAGUGUGCACUGUUCAAAGGUCUGGAACUGCAGGGAAAGGCUCUCUAUUGAAUAUUUACGUCAUGUGGUCCAGCAGAAGAACGGGAAGGAAGAAGUGCCAAUAUUGUGGAAAUUCUUGGAAAAAGAAAAUGAACUGAGGACGGUAAAGUUCCUACCAGAAAUCCUGAAUCUCCAAAAAGAACUAGUGAAAACGUUCCACAAUAGCAGGGACACAAGUCUACAAACAAUAGAAACAUUCUUAACCACUAUCGGAUCAGAAGGGGCACGAUUUAUCCUUAAGAAGCAUAUUGAAAACUAUAUAUGCACAUGGAAUCGACUCAAGCAAUCGCUAUUUACAAACGGUGAGAUAAAGCUUCCAGAUGAUAUGUGUCAAGAUAUUAGCCUGCAGAGUGAAAUUUCCUUUCUCCUUCCUCGUCGGCAAGGAAAAGGACUUUGCGCAACAGCGCUGAUCAGUUAUCUUAUUACCCUGCACAAUGGUUUUGUACGUGCCAUGGAAAAUUACACCAAAGAGGAGCAGAAGUAUUCCAUUAGUGCUUCGGAAGUGAUGGAUGUACAUGUCAUAAGCUAUGAGGUGGAAAAGGAUCUGGUUCCUAUAAUUCUGUCCAACUGUCAGUACAGUGUGCAGAGCGGGCAAGAAACCCUGCAAGAGUUUGACCUUCGCAAGAUCCAGCGCCAAAUCAUUAGCCGCUUUUUGCAAGGCAAACCUUUAAUAACUUUGGAUGGAUUGCCAUCCUUCAUUCUUGUCCAAGAUCGGAACUAUGAGAACAUAUUCAUGGAGGUGAAGAAAAGGCUGCCCCAGGAGACUCUUCCAAAUUCAACCAUAAAUAUUAUAAGCAAAGAUCUGAAUGCAUACAGCGAUGUCUGUGAAGCCCUGCACAUUGUUGAUGUCACCCUGGGAUUUCUUCCAACAUCAACUAAAGAUCCAGAAAAUGUGUUCACUAAAUACAUAGAGGAAGAUCUACAUAUGGUAGAGGAGACCAAUGUCCACAUCCUUGAGGCCUUGGAACGCUGUCGCUUGAAACAUGUCAUAGCUCUCUGGCAGCUGCUUACAGCCCUAAAGUCUGAGCAUCUCCUGAGACUUAAAAUGGACCCAUUUGCUGACGUGGACAAAGCGUAUAAGCAGCCGCUGAACCAAGAUAGUCAGCAAAAACUGAACAUGUUCUUAGAACAACAUGGACCGAACCUCCUCCUCCUUGAGCUCCACGAGAUGAUUCUCCUGAAACUGAAAAAGCCACGGAGUCCUGACGAAUUUAAACCUGCGUGGACAUUAAGGGAGACGUUGGGGCCGUUACUUGAUGCAAAGGAUGUAUCUUUUCCUGAAUUAGAAGCUUAUUUCCCUGAGCAGAUUGCUUUAGCUCAUUGUAUAGAGGCGUGGAAGAUCACAGCUGCCAAGAAGUGGAAGCGUCUUCAAAAAUAAAGAAUAAGAAAACCUCCAAAAUGUCCCCACACUCCAUCGAUCAUGUUGGUUUCCAACAUCCGACACAUUUACUAAUGCUGCUAACAAGUGCUGCCUUUAAGUAUCAUUAACGGCUUUAUGGCCUCACUGAUUCAGAAUUGAUCAGAAUGACUUGCAUUUCAAUGUAAUUAUUUUAGGAGACAUAUUUGAACUUCACAUAAGCAAUAUUUGUAGUUCUAGUACACAUUUAUGCAUUACUAGUACAUAGCGGGUUGUCAAUUUCCUUAGCAAUUUUUAGAAAAAUAGUCUUAAAAUAUAUAUUCUAGGUUAUUCCAGACUGAUUUAGAAAUGAAGAUUAUUUUCCUUUUUUUUUUGCUACGUGCUAUAAUGAAGUCAAGGUUUACAUAUAUAUCACUGUCUCCAGUCAAAACCCAGGUUACAGCUGAUAUGU